AUGGCCUCUGCAAAACUGAGUAAAUUUGAGAGCUCUCCUGGGAGAAAUCAAGAGUUUGUAGAUUUUAUGGAAAGUCAAAAUCUCCUAAAGUAUAUUCAUUUCUUUCCUCCUGGAAUGACUUUGGGAUAUUUUCGUGCAUUGACGGAAGAUGACCUUUUCGAUGAUUAUAACGUUUUAGACCGUCCAGUAAGAAUUAAAUUGAUGAGGGCGGUUGGCCAUGCAAGACUGGAGGAUGACUUUACCGAUACUGAAGCUGAGUCUGACUAUGGCACCUCAAGUUCUCCAAUCCUUUCCCCCAACCCUGGUUCCAAUAGCAACCCAUUCAAGCAGGCACGCGACGACACACACUCAGGUGGGGGUAUAUCACUGGCUAGGAGUAGGCUUUUACAUAGGACACUUUCUGUAGAGGAUGCUAGGCAUAAAAGACGGGGGAGCAUGCCUGUCUCCCCCACAGCUGGUCAGAUGUCACACCUGUCGCAAUCUCUGGGGCUCGUGCAUAUGGCACAGGCAGGAGGAUCUAGUAGCAGUAGCGGUAGGGAGGAGACGUCUAAUCUUGUUCGUAUGAGGAGCUCUAACCUUGGCUCUUCUGCCCCAUCACUCUCCGCAAGCAUGAAAGAGAUCAGCUUCUCAAGAAGGGGAAGUCGUCAACAUGCCAGGAAGUCCCUCAUAGGCACUGCUUCGACAUCCCCCACCAUGAUGCGACGGUGCCAGUCUCCACAGAUGCUCAAUAGUCCAGUGGAUAGUCCACGUAACAUAUCUCCUAAUCAACAAGGACACUUUGCAUUCUCUUCAGUUGCCACACAGGCCAUUAGAAGAUCUGAUGGACGUCGCUGGUCAUUUGCCUCGAUGCCUUCAUCAGGAUAUGGCACCAAUACGCCCGGGAGCUCCAAUGUAUCUUCGCAGUGCUCCUCACAGGAAAAACUCAAUCAACUUCCAUCUCAGCCAACGGCGGAUGAGCUCAGACUCCUCACGAAGCACUUCAGUAGCAAUGAAAGUAAUCCCGGAUUAGACGACCCUGAUGGUCGGAUUUCACCUUUAAUGAGGCCACGGUCGCGUAGUUUGAGUAGUCCAGGUAAAUCACCAGGAAUGGAGAAUGAUGUACAUGUUAUGAAUGCCCUAUAUAAGGAAAGAUUUCCAAAGGCUACACAGCAGAUGGAAGAUCGGCUACAGGCAUUCAUAGAAAACAACAGUUCCCUUGACCAACUGGAGGAAUGUGAUGGUAUUGCACGAUUCAUCCACCAUCAAGUGCUAGAACUAGCCAGAGACUGUCUUGAUAAAUCAAAAGAGAAAAUGCUGUCUAGCGGAUACUUUUAUGAAUUCUCAGAAAGUUUAGAAAAAUUAUUAUCAGAUGCUCAAGACAGAUCUCCAUUGACAGUGCCCCAUAUAGAACAACUAAUUAAGAAAUUACUGAUCAUUGUUUCACGGCCUGCACGACUUUUGGAAUGUCUGGAGUUUGACCCUGAGGAAUUCUACCAUUUACUUGAGGCAGCUGAAGGUCAUGCUAAAAGCAUCAUUAAAGCUGAUAUCCCACAGUACAUUAUCAGUAAACUGGGCCUAAAUAGAGACCCCUUGGAAGAGAUCCAGGGUGAUGCAGAUGAGGAUGAUCUUGAAUCAGAUGAUAGUCAGUCGAGCCAGAUAAUGAUCAAACCUAAAGUGAAGACUCCAUCGGAGGAGGACUUUGAGAAAAUAAAACUUGUCAGUAAUGGAGCAUAUGGUGCCGUUUACCUAGUGAGGCACAAAGAAACAAGACAGAGAUAUGCUAUGAAGAGAAUGUUGAAACACAAUCUCAUUCUACGCAACCAAGUGGAUCAAGUAUUCGCAGAAAGAGACAUUCUCACCUUCACAGACAACCCUUUUGUUGUUAGCCUUUAUUGCAGUUUCGAAACUAAGAAAUAUCUUUGUAUGGUGCUAGAGUAUGUACAGGGAGGAGACUGUGCAACAUUACUCAAAAAUAUGGGACCUCUUCCCUUAGAUAUGGCAAGGAUGUAUUUUGCUGAAACAGUGCUGGCACUGGAGUACCUUCAUAACUAUGGCAUUGUACAUCGAGACUUGAAGCCAGACAAUCUUCUAAUCACAUCUGAGGGUCACAUAAAACUAACAGACUUUGGCCUCUCUAAGAUGGGACUUAUGAACUUGACAACCAAUCUAUAUGAGGGUUCCUUAGACAAAGACACAAAACAGUUCCAGGAUAAGCAAGUGUUUGGGACACCAGAGUAUAUUGCACCAGAGGUCAUUCUCAGGCAGGGAUAUGGUAAACCAGUAGACUGGUGGUCUAUGGGGAUCAUCCUCUAUGAGUUUCUCAUUGGAUGUGUGCCUUUCUUUGGGGACACUCCAGAAGAACUCUUCUCUCAAGUCAUAAAUGAGGAGAUUGAAUACCCAGAUGAAGAGGAUGAAGCCCCACCAGAAGAGGCCCAGAAUCUCAUAAAUAACUUGCUACAGCAGAGCCCUCUGGAUCGCCUUGGCACUGGAGGGGCACAGGAAGUGAAAGAACAUGUAUUUUUCAUCAAGAUUGAUUGGGACGGAUUGCUGCGAUUGAAAGCGGAAUUUGUGCCUAGUUUUGAAAAUGAGGAAGAUACAAGUUAUUUUGACAGUCGUAGUGAUAGAUACAAUCAUGAGGUUGAGGCUGCUGAUGAUACAGCAGAUGAUGACGAUGACGUUAUGUUCCAUAGUUUCUCAUCCAUGUCACCACGAUACAGUCGUGUCUGUAACAAGUUUGAGGACAUUAGGAAGGAACGAGCAAAGAUGGAACGUCGUCAACGGUCAUUCAGCGAUGUUACACGGAAUCUGAAGGAUGAUCUAGUACUGUCAGCAGGCAAGGAACCGAUUGGUCGAAAAGAUUCUAAUACAUCUGAGAGUUCCCAAGAGCCACUGUCUCGUAAGAGUAGUCAGGCUGAGAGCAUUGAAGGGGACAGUAGGGUCCUUGUUGCCAAACCAGAUCAUGAUGAUUCAUUCAGUUCACCUGAUGUUACUCCAAGAUCUCAACAUAGCCUCACUACUCCAGACUCCUCCCAAGGUGAGAGUGAUGUCUCCCCACAGAUAGUCAGGCGUCGUAAGCCCCAAAUGAAAGACACUAGUCGCAUACCAAAGUUUUCCAUAUCAAUGGAUGAGGAAGAGAAACGAAAAGGAGACAAGAAAACCAAAGAGCUAUCGCCCGUUGAAGAGAAGGAGAAAACUCCAUCCAAAGAUAUCCCCGAUACACCCAAAGACAAGGAUGACAUCUACGGAGAUGUUUUCGAAGCACCGAAGAAAUUACGAGGGAAGCCAGUGAUUAAGUCAGCCUCUGCAUCAGCUCUGACUUUGCUCAUACCACCUCAUGAAGACUUCCAGCCAGUGUCCAUGCAGUCACCAGGUAGCAGCACUAGUUCCCGUGAUACCUCACCCAGCCGAGAAUUUGCCCCGAUACUUGGGUCUCAUUCAUUGAAGCCCCCUAUACAUAUCCGUAAGGGAGCUCAUGGCUACGGGUUCACACUACGGGCAAUCAGAGUUUAUAUGGGAGAAUCAGACCUGUACACUUUGUACCAUCUUGUGGUGGCUGUUGAGAGUGGUAGUCCAGCAUUUGAGGCAGGUCUUAGAGAAGGGGAUCUAAUCACACACGUCAAUGGAGAGGCAGUGCAGGGUCUGUUACAUGUCCAAGUGGUCCAGUUGAUCCUUUCUGGUGGUACUAAAGUGACAAUCAGGUCCAUUCCAAUGGACCAGACGACUAUCAAAUCUGGUGGUCGCAAGAGGAACACAGUUGGACGAAUGGCACGACGGAGUCAGAAAAAGAAACACAGACGCACAGGAAGUAGUACUGAUAAGCGACGGACAUCUUUGUUUCGUCGUUUGAGCAAUCGGAAGGCGGAACAAUAUAGUCAUGCUGCCAGUGCAUCUGGUCUGACUUCAAGUCGCAGCUUUAGCUCAUUAAACAGAUCUCUAUCAUCCAAUGAAAGUCUCCCUGGUUCCCCUACGCGAUCCAAGUCUCCCCGAUCACCCCCUACCAGUAGGUGGUCUCUAUCAGACUCGCCCCUCUCUACGGCCAACUCCAGCACCAGUAGUUCACCAAGCUCUAGCGCCCCUAACUCUCCAGCCAGUUCCUCACAGUACAGUCGUCCAAGCUCCCUACAUGGACUCAAGCACAAGUUAGUGCACGCAGCAAACAGCCUAAAGUCGCCACAUAGGCGUAAAUCUGUACACAACAUUCCGCUGUCACCAUUAGCGCGCACACCCUCACCCUCCCCCAUGGCAACGUCACCUACCAGGAGUCCUAGUCCUCUCACUAUGAACACAAGUCAUGCACAUGGCCACCCACAUGCUCAUGUACAUGCACAUAAACAAAGCCACCCACAUCAACAUGGCCAUGGGCAUGGGCAUCACCAUACCGUCACACCUGGCAUAUCAAACACUACACAAAGCUACCCAGCCUACCUGAAUGCAAGUCAAGGUCAAACAACAUCAAAACUAGACAAAUCAAAGAGUGUGUCCCCUGCACAACGGAGUGCCUCCUUGAAACUUGCAAACCGCCCCAAGAGCUGUGAGCCUGGGUCGCCACUCUUACGCAGGGCACUCUCCCCUGACAGACUCCAUCCACGAUCGGCAGAAAAACAAACUACAAAGGUGAAACAAAGUAUAUUACGGAAAGGCUCUUGGAAGGAUAAGAGGGACAAGUUUGGCCACUUAUAAUGAAGACCUUUACCAGUGAAUUUCUGCUCUGAAAUUCUCAUCCACCCACUAUUUACAAACUAUGUUGCCAAAGAUGUGCUAAACUUGACACUGAUACUAACUGAUUGAGCUAAAAUUAGUCCUCUCUCACUUACAGUUGACUUUAAGGGUUGAAAUGUGAGAUAUGUUGCAUUUUCAAGAGACAUAAAACCCUGUAUUCUCCACAAGUGCUAGUAAA